GUAUGAGAAUGGUUCAGCCUACUUCCAUGAGGAUAAUAGGGAUGGCCUCGUCAAAGUUUGCCGGCUGGUCAUCAAUGCCCGCUAUGAAGAAUAUGCCUCUGAGGGCUAUGCAGUUCUCAGCUCAAAACAGCCAGUCAUCUACCAGAGUGCGUCUUGCCGGCCUGGUCUGGGACAGCACUUGUGUAGCCAGCUUGGUCUGCCUCUCUCCAGUUUGUGCACAGUCCCAUGCAACACCAUCUUUGGAUCCCAACACCAAAUGGAUGUUGCCUUGUUGGACAAAAUAAUCCAAGAGGACAUAGAAGCUGGGAAGCUUCCUUUGCUGUUGAUUGCCAGCGCAGGCACCCCGGGGGCAGGCCAUACAGACAAGUUGGGUCGUCUGAAGGACCUUUGUGAUCAGUACAACAUGUGGCUUCAUGUAGAGGGGUGGGUCAAUUCUCUUCCUCUACAAUAGAUUGACUUAAAGAAACAGUUAAUCAUUUUGGAAAAUGUGUUUGUUUAGUUUUUUCCUGAGAUUGAAAUGUUCAGCUGAAGAUCAGUCUCAUCUCUGCGUUAAGUACAGAGUUGGAGGUAGGAUCUGGUUAGUUUAGUUUAGCAUAAAGCCUGGAAGCAGUGGGGAAACAGUUAGCCUUGCUCUUUCCAAAGUUCACAAAUACACCACUCACUACUUAAUACAAUGUUUGUUGUUUACUUUGUACACAAACAGAAAUGACAAAAUGACAAGUUAUGGUUUUAUGGGGAGUUACAUGUUGGAACUAUUUCUUGGUGACCAGUAACGUGACCAGUAAGUCUUAGCCUGGCCAUGAGGUUGCCAGGCAACCAUCUACCUUUUGUCAAGAAAGCGAAUAAACUUCUUUCCUGAACUGUCAGAUUAUAUACGCAAAACUAAUAUACUUACCAUUU